GGGGGGGGUCGCCGCGCCAUUAGGCCAAGGCUCGGCCGGUUGCUCUCCCUGCUUGGCCUGGCCAUGGCGACGGCAGGCCCCGGGACCAGCAGGGACCUCUCCGUGUUGGAGCGGCGAGGUAGUUUCGGUAGCAUGAAACUUCGAAUGACUCAUAGUAGAGAGCUAGAGAUGAAAACAACCCUUCAGGAGCUAUUGAUCUACAUCAUUUUCCUAGCAGAUCUAUGUAUAUUGACAUUUGGCAUGGUGAGCACAGAUAUGUACUACCUAAAUAAAGUUAUGUCAAGUCUUUUUCUGGAAACUCCGUUGUCAGAUACAGAUCAAACUGACUUUACAACCAUGAGCACCAUUGUUCACUUUUGGCAGUUUCUAGAGGGACCACUUCUGAAUGGCCUUUUUUGGAACACAUGGUACAAUGAUAAUUCCACAUCCAGCUAUAAAAACAGUAGCCACAUCUACUAUGAGAAUUUACUGUUGGGACGACCUCAGCUGCGACAACUGAAAAUCCGUAACAACACAUGUUCCAUCUAUCCCUCUUUUCGGGCCUUUCUGAAAUUGUGCUAUGGUCAGUACCGUUUUGAACAUGAGGACAAAGAAAGCUUUGGCCUUAAGAAUACCUCUGCGUGGCAUUAUUCCACUUCUAAUACACUGGCUCCAUGGCACUGGGGCCUUAUUGGUCUAUAUAGUACUGGAGGAUUUAUGUUCACUUUGCCGAAGUCAAAGGAAAAAAGCUUAGAAAAGCUGAAAUUUCUCAAGGACCAUAGCUGGAUCACAAGAGGAACAAGGAUUGUCUUCAUUGAUUUUUCAAUGUAUAAUGCCAAUGUAAACCUUUUCUGCAUUGUGAGGCUGGUGGUGGAAUUUCCUGCAACAGGUGGUGUAAUCCCUUCCUGGCAGUUCCACUCUGUAAAGCUUCUCAGAUAUGUCUCCUAUUACGAUUAUUUCCUUGCCUCUUGCGAAGUCAUCUUUUGCCUUUUCAUCAUCACUUUCAUAAUUCAAGAAGCUUUAAAAAUGAUGAGGUUGAAAAAGGACUAUUUUAAAGAUGCCUGGAACUGGUUGGAUAUGUUACUGCUUCUGUUAUCGGUUUUUGCUAUUAUCUUCAAUGUUUAUCGAACUGUUGAAGUAUCCAGGCUGAUGGAAAAUUUGCUCUCCAAUUCAGAUGCUUAUCCUGAUUUUUAUUUUCUUGGAUUUUGGCAGACUCGUUACAAUAAUAUGAUUUCAGUGAAUGUCUUUUUUGCAUGGAUUAAGAUAUUUAAGUUCAUAAGCUUUAACAAGACCAUGACUCAACUGUCCUCCACCCUGUCUCGCUGUGCCAAGGACAUCAUUGGAUUUGCCAUCAUGUUCUUUAUCAUCUUCUUUGCAUAUGCGCAGUUGGGUUACCUGGUGUUUGGGUCUCAAGUGGAUGAAUUUUCCACUUUUCAGAACUGCAUUUUUACCCAGUUCCGCAUUGUGCUAGGAGAUUUUAACUUUGCCAGUAUAGAGCAUGCAAAUCGAAUUCUUGGGCCCAUCUACUUCAUCACAUUUGUAUUCUUUGUAUUCUUCGUACUGCUGAAUAUGUUUUUGGCAAUCAUUAAUGACACAUACUCUGAAGUGAAAGCUGACUUUUCAGUUAUCCCAAGCAGAGAAUUUGAUAUCAGUGACCUUAUUAAGCAGGGUUAUCAGAAAGUUCUAGUCAGCCUCAAACUGAAGAGACCAACAUCACAGCCAGAAGGCUUAUAUAGCAUGAAAAGAAAAGGACAGUCUACCUCCAGAGGAGACAUGGCUAAGAAUUCCUCCAGAGACUACAGCAGAUGGCCAAGAAGUCAACCCUCCUCGUCACCAAGACUUCAUGAUACUGUGUCUCACAGGGAAUUUCAAAGACUUUCCAGAUACACAAUAGAACUGGAGGAACAACUGAGGGAUGUGACAUCUAAGCUUAACAUGAUUAUGAAGGUUAUUCCUGCAGGCACAGAGGCACCAGAAAGGCUAAAGUAAUGAAAGAAUGGGACACAAGGGGCAAUGAACAAAGUUUUUAUUACGGAAGUGCUGGACAGUAGCACCGCUUCAUGGAUAUGGAAGAAAAAUAUUUUGCAGUCAAAGACUGGCUACAGUAGGAACACAUUAAAACCUGUUAAAUAUUACAGGCAACUGAAUAAAAGUCUUUUAAUUUUGUAUUUGUCAAGUGAGUAGACUAUUCUAUAUUAUAGAGAUGGGUGGAAAGUGAAAGAAACAUUUGAAGCUACAUGCAGGAGGAGUUUUCCACAUGUGUCAGGUACUGCAAUCAUAGAUCAGAAACAUGCACAUCUCAAAUGCAUGUUCAAAUGAAGAACAGAUGUUACUUUUUAAAGGGAUGCACAUGUGGAUGGCAGAUGCUCUUUCCCCUCUGAAAAUAAGGUAAUGCAGAUAGAUUACUUCUAUAAGAUUUGCCCCCAUUAUCUGAAAAUUACAACAUUUGAUAAGUAGGUUAUUUUGUAUUCAUUUCAUCAUCUUAAAGGCCCAGGGAAUUUAGAAGUAUAAAGAAUCUGCAAUGUUUGGAAUACCAUUUGUCUCUUAAUAUGCAAGUGCCAGCAAGAAAAUGUCAUUUCUGAGUACUAUACAGGUCUGACGUUUGAUCUGUGAGAAGUUCCAGUUGUGAGACAGCUACUAAGAAUACUCUUCUCACUGCAGUGAUGCCUUAUACCAAGAGGAUGCUCUCUGGUAUUUUAAUGGUUGCAAGGGACCAUGAUUACAUGACUAUGUACUUUGCGUAUUAAAAAGUCUGCAUCAGGACCAUCCACUUCCUGCAAAUUGAAUAAAUAAGCAUGUUUGCAAAUCUUAUGUGCUGGUAAAUUUACUCUGUACCAAAGGGGAAAGCAAAGAUUUUACAGUGGAUCAGUAUUUCAGGUCCUGCUCUAGCAGACCCUAUACAGUGGUGCCCCGCAUGACGACGAUAAUUCGUUCUGUGAAAAUUGCUGUUUAGCGAAAUCAUUGUCAUGCGAAAUGUGAUUCCCCAUUAGAUUGAAUUGAAACCCAUUUAA